AUGGCGACCUCCACGAGCAGUGUCUACGUCAGUGUUAUUGAGGACGUCAUCAACAAGGUUCGCGAAGAGUUCAUGAACAGCGGCCCCGGAGAAGACGUUCUCAAGGAGCUCCAAGGAACUUGGGAGGCGAAGAUGAUGCAAGCCGGUGUAGUAAAUGCUCCUAUAGAGAGAGCUGUGGCGUCAAAGCCAACGCCUGGUAGUGCUAUUACUCCAGUUCACGAUCUCAAUGUACCUUAUGAAGGGACCGAGGAGUACGAGACACCCACUGCUGAGAUACUCUUCCCUCCAACCCCGUUGCAAACCCCAAUUCAGACGCCUCUACCUGGAACUGGGGACAACUUAUAUAACAUUCCUACCGGAGGUAGUGACUUUUCUGCAUCUGCAAACGAGUCUGGUAGCAGCAAUGGUGGCAGCAAUACAGAGCUGAAAGCUGGAAGACCUAGCCCUUACAUGCAACCUCCUUCUCCUUGGAUGAACCACCGACCCCCUCUUGAUGUUAAUAUUGCUUACGUGGAAGGGCGGGAUGAGGUGGACAGAGGGACCUCUCAUCAACCCCCGACACAGGACUUUUUCCAGAUGAAUUCUGGAAAGCGAAAACGUGAAGAUCUUGCUUCACAGUAUCCAGCUGGUGGAUUUAUACCCCAACAAGAUGGAGCUGGAGAUGCUGCACCUGAGGUUUUUGAGAUUGAGGUCAGUGGAGGGAGCACUUCUAUUGGUGGGCGUGCAUGUAGUGAGAUGGUAACUUGUGCACUGAGGUCAACUCCCAAGAUUCCUCAACUUGAUGGGCCAAUUCCUGAUCCUUAUGAUGACGCGCUUUCUACUCCCAAUAUAUAUAAUUAUCAAGGAACUUUCAACGAAGACUACAACGUUGCCAAUACACCUACACCCAAUGAUCUACCAGUCAGCACUCCAGCUCCUGUUGUUCAAAAUGAUGUUGGAGAUGACGACGACGAUGAGCCCCCAUUGAAUGAAAAUGAUGAUGAUGAUUUGGACGAUGUGGACCAAGGGGAGGAGGUAAACACACACCAUUUGGUUUUGGCUCAGUUUGACAAGGUGACACGCACCAAGAGCAGGUGGAAGUGCACAUUGAAGGAUGGGAUUAUGCGCAUAAACAAUAAGGAUAUUCUCUUCAAUAAGGCGACUGGAGAAUUUGACUUCUGA